AUGAAGAAGCCCGACAGCACUGUCGUCGUCAGUUCAAGUAAAAUUAAGUUCGAUGACAAUGAAGAACUCAAAUCUUCAUCCGAAGAUGAGGAGGACAUAGAGCGUGAGCUUGCGGAUGUUACAUUGGAGGAGCUACUAAAAGCACGGUCCGAUGGGUCAGACACGUUGUAUCGGAAGCCCAAUUCAGAGAAAAAGGGUGGCCGAGCAAACAAGAAUAGGCCAAUGGAGAUUAGUAGCAAGAAGCCGGUUAGUAGAUUUAGAGAAGUCAUCAAGUUCCUAAACAGUCCGAAGAGCAGCAGCCUUGGGUACAGAUUCCGGAAGAAUAAUAUAGUUCAGGACAAGGUGGUGCGUGACCCUCGUUUUGAAUCAUUAUGUGGCAAUCUUGAUGUAGAUGGGUUCAAGAAGAGAUACAAUUUUCUUUAUGAGAAUAAUCUUCCUGCUGAGAAAGAGGAACUAAAGAAAUCGAUGAAGAAAUCAAAGGACUUGGAAGUCAUUAAUGAAAUGAAAGAUCGCAUAGGUUGGAUUGACCAACAACUGAAGUCUGCAUCAACAAAGCGUACUGAUAAAACAAUACUGGCUGAGCACAAGAAGAAAGAGAGAGAAGCUGCAAAGCAAGGGAAAAAACCAUUCUAUUUGAAGAAAUCUGAAAUCCGGAAGCAAAAGCUUACUGAGAAAUAUACCGAACUCCAGACAUCUGGAAAAAUCGAGUCCUUUAUCGAGAAAAAGAGAAGGAAGAAUGCUGCAAAGGACCACAGAUUUAUGCCAUAUCGACGUCCCAGCAACAACGAGUAA